CCGUCGCAGUGUUUGAAAGCUUUCAGUCUAGAGUCCCGCUCUGACAUCAAGACGCUCUUCUUUCGCGACACUGCAGGCCUCCGGCAGUGGUUGCGAUGUUUCCGCACCACUGGGAUUUGAACCGGAGGGUUGUUGCGGAACCACUUCCAUGGAGAGCAAUUCGCCCCCUGCUUACGCACGGUGGGCGAGAAAUCUGCACUCCCUAUUAGAGGAUCCGACUGGUUUGGAGUUGUUCAAGAGGUACCUAAGUCAGGAAGGGCAUCUGGAUCCGCUCAAUUUCUGGUUCGCCUGCGAAGGCCUCAAAGAACAAAAGGACCGAGGUGGACAAUGUCUCCCUCAACGACGGAUCCAUCGAUGGGACGAGCAAUAGGCAGAGAAGCAAAAAGCAAUACAGCAAAAGCAAUCAAGUAGGGCAAUUAAAGAGU